CAGGAUUCGAAUUCGAGACUUAUACAUUUUGGUAUGAAACACUUUUAGAAAAGGGUGCAGUGCAUACCCCAACUCCCCCAAGCCAUACUGGGCUUCCUCCACUAAUUUAGACUUUACCUAAACUUUUUUCUAAUCUCUACCAAGCUAGAAGCUAUGCCCCAUUCCUUGCAUAAUUGGCCGGCCGUAUCUAACACUUUUUAAUACAUUGUUGUUGCCCUUAAGCAAACCCAAUCUCUGCACCAAUAAUUCAUUGGAAGCACACCAUUUCCGAGCUUAGCAAGCAACAUCUUGGAUAACCCAUUAUAUAAUAUUUUUAUGUUAUAUCCUUAGGUAACUAUUUAUCUAUAAAAAGGCAAUAAAACAGUCCCAUAGUUCCAUAUACCUAGCUAUCUCAUUGCAUCAUCUAUCCUAUACACCAUAUAAUGAAGAUGAACAAGUCCUACUUCCUCUUCUUCUUAGGCGUGUUAAGCUUAGCUUUGGUACUUAGCAUUGGAGAAGGAUUUGAAUACCAAGAGGAGGAGUUGGAGAGCGAGGAAAGCUUGUGGGGGUUGUACGAGAGGUGGAGGAGCCACCACACUGUUUCCACCAGCCUAGAUGAGAAGCACAAGAGGUUCAAUGUCUUCAAGUCUAACGUUGACUAUGUCCACAACUUCAAUAAGAAGGACAAACCUUACAAGCUCAAGCUCAACAAGUUUGCGGACAUGACGAACCACGAGUUCCGAAGGACGUACGCCGAUGCUAAGAUCAAGCACCACCGGUUGCUACAAGGCGCCUCACGUGCAAGACCGUCGUUCCAAUACGCCAACGUGACUGAUGUCCCGGCCUCCGUCGAUUGGCGCGCCAAAGGAGCAGUCACCAAUGUCAAGGACCAAGGCCAAUGUGGUAGUUGUUGGGCAUUCUCAACGGUUGUAGCAGUUGAAGGCAUAAACCAAAUCAAAACAAACAAAUUAGUCUCUUUGUCAGAGCAAGAGCUCAUUGACUGUGACACACAGGAAAACCAAGGCUGCAAUGGAGGCCUCAUGGAUUCAGCAUUUGACUUCAUCAACAAGCAAGGCGGCCUUUCCACCGAAAAAGUCUACCCUUACAAGGCUGCACAAGGCAGAUGUGAUUCAAGGAAGUUGCACUUGCAAGCUGUAUCGAUCGAUGGGCACGAGGACGUGCCUGCCGGUGAUGAGGACUCACUGCUUAAAGCAGUAGCCAACCAACCUGUUUCUGUAGCCAUAGAAGCCUCAGGUUCUGACUUCCAGUUCUAUUCUGAGGGUGUUUUCAGUGGGGAAUGUGGAAAAGAGCUUGAUCACGGGGUCGCAAUCGUUGGGUAUGGGACAACACAGGACGGAACCAAAUACUGGAUCGUUAGAAACUCGUGGGGAGCUGAAUGGGGAGAGAAGGGAUACAUAAGGAUGCAACGUGGAGUCGAGGACGGGGGACUGUGUGGCAUAGCAAUGCAAGCAUCUUACCCUGUCAAGACCUCUUCCGCCAACCCCAAACACUCAUCUUCUAUUCCUAAGGAUGAGCUGUGAAUGUACAGUUAUGCUAGAAGCAUGUCAUUCAAACCACCCUAACGAAUUAUCUCAAAUUUGUUUGUAUAUCUAUUGAAUAUUGGUAGCAAGCAUCAUUGUUAUAUAUGCUUGGCAACUAGAUUUAUACCAAUCAAUUACUCAAUGUAUUUGUAGACCCCUGCAUAAUGAUACUAUUACACUGAAGUAAUAAAAUGAAAGGUUUCUACUUUGUGUCACUCAUUCCACAAGAGUUACAGCUUGUCUUUGAAAA